AUGGCGCAGUCUGGACUUUCAUCAACAUGGGGGCCAGGCAAUGGUGAUGGUGCUGCUUCUGCCCCUGGUAGCCGCCGAAAGAAGGUUUACGACUAUUUCAAAGCGGCUAAUGAGCUACGCCAGGCCUAUACCUCACAAUGGUCGGGGCAGAGGAAUGAACACGAUGAGGACUACUACAACACCCCUGGAGCCUUCCCGGAUGCGGAAAUUGCACGGUCAGGCGACGAGGAGAUGGUGGUCUUUCCCAGUUAUGCUAGGAAAUUGACAGAGAACAAGAACGCUAGUACCAGCGCACCUUCGCGACGGGGGUCAUGGUCAGAAACUAUCGAUGAAUACAGGGGUGUAGCCCAUGAGGACGAUGAACCCGCCACACCUACUUGGGAUGCAACGGAGACUGAAGAUGCACUUGUGGCCGUCGACGUGCGUGGCUGGAUUUACUCUCCUGGCCGGGGGCCGAUGAGCCGAAAGCACCGGUUGAUGAUUGCCCUGGCCAGGAAGCUGAGCGGGAUCCCUGCACCAAGUGGAAGUACAAAUGAUGAAAGUGAUGACAAGGUAUCUGGGAAGGGAGAUGAUGAAUACAUCGACAAGGAGAUGCAAACAUUAGUCGCCAAGGCUGAGAGGGAAGCAGACCCGGCUUGGAAAGGCUCGCAUGCGGACCAAACACAACAUCAUGCUGCACCAUUGAGUAAAGACCAAAUAUCUAUGGCGAAUGCCCAUCUGAUGGAAAGACUUCGUCCAUUCUUGACGAAUCCUGUUGGGAGCAUGCCAGUGACAGUGUUCUUCUUUAACGACGAUGAGAGCAAGUCUCGAAAUAUCCUGACGGAUGAAUCAGGUCAUUUUACUCUGCGUGCUACACUGCCAUUUGUUCCAACUCAUACUCGGGUGCUGGCAUCUGAAGACCUGUCCGUCGUAAGGCCGAUUGAGAUCAUUGAUCCAAUUGGAAUCAGUUUGAUCAGUGACAUCGAUGAUACAGUCAAGCACUCAGCCAUUGCGAGUGGAGCGAAGGAGAUGUUCCGAAAUACCUUUGUCCGUGAAUUGGAUGAACUUACAGUCGAAGGAGUCAGCGACUGGUACUGCAAACUGGCCGACCAGGGUGUGAAAAUUCACUAUGUGUCAAAUGCUCCCUGGCAGUUGUAUCCCCUCCUUGAGCGGUACUUCAAGAUGGUGGGAUUGCCUCCGGGCUCCUUCCAUCUCAAACAGUACUCGGGCAUGCUUCAAGGAAUCUUUGAGCCCACUGCAGAGAGGAAACGGGGGUCAUUAGAACAAAUCCUCCGCGACUUCCCAGAACGGAGAUUCAUACUUGUCGGCGACAGUGGUGAGGCUGAUCUGGAAGUUUACACUGAGAUUGUUUUGGCAAAUCCUGGCCGUAUCCUAGGCAUUUUCAUUCGUGAUGUUACGACCUCAGAACCCCAGAAGUUCUUCGACAAAUCCGUCGGCCAUCUUGACCAGUCUAAACGCAGUCGCAGUUCACCAAAUGUAGUGGACCACUCGGAUGCUGCUAUCAACAGACCGGCGCUGCCACCUCGAGGUGGUACGGCUGCCGUUGAUUCUGCAGUCCCCGUAGGGCUCCGUGAUCCAGACCCAAGCAAUCUUGACCUUGAGGACCUGAUUGAUCUCACAGACCUCAUCAUAGGCGAUCAGCCACCUCCAGCGGGGCUUACACACCCCGCCACUUCACGGCCACGCCCAGCGAAGCCAAUCAAACCAUCUGCACUGCGCAUGGUUUCUACGCCGGCUGAUUUGGCGAAGAGCUCCAGGCCAUCCUCCCUGCGCAACGUUGCAUCACAUUCCGAUGCACCGGAAAAAGACUCCAAACCGGCGCCAGCCCCGGAGCCCCCCAAGCGCAGACCAGUCCCGCCUGUGCCGCCCAGACGUGCCGUUCCCAAGACACAUUCAUUGAUUGAUGUGGAUCCCUCGCCUUCAACCUCUCAGAGUAGCGCUGGGACAUCAACGAAUGAAGUUCCUUCUUCUUGGCCCAAAGCACUCGAUGAUGGGUCUGCAGGCUCUCGGGAUCAAUCGCAAGCUACACGCGCCAGGCCACCACCGCCUUGCCCCCCUCCGCGUCGCACAAACCCUGGGUCUUCAACACCCAGUUCAGAUUCCUCCAGUCCAUCAUCUACGCCGAGUCGAACUUCAGGUGGCAUUCAAUCAUACCCAGCGGCAGCCGCCCAGGCUGCAUACCAAGGGUUUCAAUAUGCCAGCGACCGACUCAACUUCUCGGGGUCUUCAUCUAGCCAGUCACUUGGGAGAGCAGGGUCCAAUGGCGAGUCGGGUAUGCCGGCUGCGCCCCUUCCAAAUAAACGCGAGGAGCUUUGGCGACGUCGUUGGGAUCGCGCAAGCGAAGUGCUUGAACAGCACGGCGUUACGCUGGGCAGUUGGCGUGUCGGAAGCGAUGCGCAGCCUGUUUGUGCGUGGUUAAUUGAGGAGGCACUGAAAGAUAUCAAGGCUGGUCGUUCGAAGGGGGACUAUUGA